CUCUCUCUCUGCGUUAAUUCUGAAAGUCUGUAGUCGCUUGGUUUGUUGCCAUGGAUGAAGAGUACGACGUGAUAGUUCUUGGGACGGGUCUCAAGGAAUGCAUUCUCAGUGGUCUUCUCUCCGUCGAAGGGCUCAAAGUUUUGCAUAUGGACAGAAAUGACUACUAUGGAGGAGCAUCUACCUCUCUAAAUCUUAAUCAGCUUUGGAAGCGGUUUAGGGGAGAUGACAAGCCUCCGGAAAGUUUGGGCACAAACAGAGAGUACAAUGUUGACAUGAUACCAAAGUUCAUGAUGGCCAAUGGUGGUUUGGUCCGUGUCCUGAUCCACACAGAUGUCACCAAGUAUCUAAACUUUAAGGCUGUUGAUGGUAGCUUUGUGUACAACAAAAAGAAGAUCUAUAAAGUUCCAGCAACUGAUGUAGAAGCACUAAAAUCGCCAUUGAUGGGACUAUUUGAGAAGCGACGUGCUCGAAAGUUCUUCAUUUAUGUUCAAGACUUUGAAGAGAAUGAUCCCAAAUCUCAUGAAGGGCUGGACUUGAACAAAGUUACUGCAAGGGAGGUUAUCACGAAAUAUGGGCUAGAAGAUGACACAAUCGACUUUAUUGGUCAUGCCUUGGCACUUCAUAUUGAUGAUUCUUACUUGGAUGAGCCAGCAAUGGAGUUUGUGAAGAAAAUGAAGCUCUAUGCAGAGUCUUUGGCACGUUUUGAAGGAGGAUCACCUUAUAUCUAUCCACUAUAUGGACUUGGAGAGUUGCCUCAGGCAUUUGCACGUUUAAGUGCUGUUUAUGGUGGAACUUACAUGCUCAACAAGCCUGAGUGUCAGGUGAAAUUUGAUGAUAAUGGGAAUGCUAUUGGUGUGACCUCAGAAGGAGAAACAGCUAAAUGCAAGAAAGUUGUUUGUGAUCCAUCAUAUUUGCCCGAUAAGGUACGGAAAGUUGGAAAAGUUGCUCGUGCUAUAUGUAUAAUGAGCCAUCCUAUUCCAGACACCAAUGAUUCUCAUUCAGUCCAGGUUAUUCUGCCGCAGAAGCAACUUGGUCGUAAAUCAGAUAUGUACCUAUUCUGCUGCUCCUAUGCUCACAAUGUAGCUCCAAAAGGAAAAUUCAUCGCUUUUGUUUCGACAGAAGCAGAAACUGAUGAUCCUCAAGUUGAAUUGAAGCCUGGAAUUGAUCUACUUGGUCCAUUAGAUGAGAUCUUCUACGAUACUUAUGACAGAUAUGUACCCACUAACGACCAUCAAGCUGACAGUUGCUACAUAUCUUCUAGUUAUGAUGCAACUACGCACUUUGAGUCCACAGUACAAGAUGUCCUAGCGAUGUACACAAAGCUUACUGGGAAGGCUCUUGAUCUUUCGGUCGAUCUAAGUGCUGCAAGUGCUACUGCUGAAGAAUAAGAUCUUUCAAACUUCUUCACAAGCUGCAUUCUUUUAGCAGGAAUACUACUUGUUUUUUAGAUUAUAAAUUCUAACAUUCUUCAUGUGAGAAAGCUCGGUAUUUCCCUUCUUUGUUUUGGGGGGGUUUGGAAUUUUUAAUUGGAUUUUUCAAUUUCAAAAAUGUGGAUUUAAU